AGAUGACCAGGACAGUGAAAUGCAUAAUGAAAGUGAAUCUUUAGAGAUGAAAAACUUGCUUGAAGAUAAUGGUGAUGAUGCAUGUUCUUUACAGAGGAAAAGGGCUAAACCUUCUGAUAGAGUGAAGUGGACCAGCAGGGAGCUGGAAGAGGUUAGAGAAUAUUUCAGUAGCUACUUAGACGGGUCCUCUGCAAGGAAAUGCCCAGGAAGGGAGGAAUGUAAAGAAAGUAUUCGCAAGAGUAAAGAGAAGAAUGGUGUUUUGCAAAGAAGAAAGUGGGAGACUAUUAAGAAAAAAGUGUCCUACUUGAUGCAUUUUGAAAAAUGAGCUUAUAGAUUAUAAAACAUAGAGUCCGGUAGGAUUUUGUUUGUAUAAAUAGUUUCAAGUAUUAAGCUGAUAGCUUUUGUUGUUAGAUAGAACUGUCAAAUCAGUCUUAUUAUACCCCUGCUCCGAAGGAGAGGGGGGUAUACUGUUUUACCCUUGUGUGUCCGUCCGUCCCUGUGUCUUUGUGUCCGUGUGUCUGUGUAGCUGUGUGUCCAUCCGUAACAAAUUUUCGUCGCACUUUUCUCAGAAACUACUUAUCACAGAUGCCUGAAAUUUUAACACAAUCUUCUCUGAGGCAUGCCAUACAUUAGGAUACAUUUUUGUUUAAAUCCGAUGUCAACUUCCUGUUUGUUUGUACGUCUGUCCGAUUCAUACAUAACAAAUUUUCAUCACAGUUUUCUCAGCAACUACCCAUUGCAGAUGCUUGAAAUUUUAACACAGUAUUCUCUGAGGCAUGCCAUAUGUUGGGAUACAUUUUUGUUAAAAUCUGAUGUCAACUUCCUGUUUGUUUGUACGUCUGUCCGAUUCAUACAUAACAAAUUUUUGUCGCAGUUUUCUCAGCAACUACUCAUUGCAGAUGCUUGAAAUUUUAACACAAUCUUUUUCCUAGGCAUGCCAUAUGGUUGAAUUCAUUUUUAUUCAUAUUUGAUGUCAACUCUCUGUUUAUCUGUGCGUUUGUCCAUUUCAUACAUAACAAAUUUUUGUCCCAGUUUUCUCAGCAACUACUUAUUGUAGAUGCUUGUUUUCUCGGCAACUACUUAUCGCAGAUGCUUGAAAUUUUAACACAAAAUCCAAUGUCAACUUCCUGUUUGUCUGUGUUUCUCGUUUACUAUUAAUAGCAGAUGCUUAAUUUUAGUACACUCUUUGUUGAGGCAUGCCAUAUGGUGGGAUUAAUUUUGAAAUGAUUCUGAUGUCAACUUCAAAUUUUUCUGUGCAUCUGCCUGUAAUUGAACUUGUGUAAAUUAGCAUAAUAGUUGUUUAUUUACAUCAGGGCGGGGGUAUUACUAGUGAGCAUUGGCUCACAGAUUUACAGUCUCAUUUUAACAGUAUUCUUAUUUAGGAAUUCCUUUUCCAAUUCCAUAAUAUCUAUGAAAAACUCUAACAUGUACUGUUGUAAUCUGUUAAGGAAAAAAAAAUGGUGGUGUAAAGUUGAACUCUUGUACUUUUGAGAUGAACCAAAUUUUGUUUUAAUUUUGUGUGUGUGUUUGAAAAGACAUAUUUCUUAUGUUAUCACUUAAAAGCAAAUCUUA